CCGCCGAGCGCGCACGUCCCUCGCGUCGCGGUCACCUGUAGCGCCGACCUCAGUGUUUACGGAUUACAGUGAAAAAUUGUGCCCAAGUGUGUGCUACUCAGUGUUUUUAUGAAUGAAUGAAAAGUCAUCGUGCAUAACCGGUUGCCGGAUGGUUUGGACUGCGGACCGGUUCCGAUUUCCGCCGAUACGAGUUUCGUGGGAAUGCACGUUGGACUGAACCGAGUGUCAAAAAUGACCAAAUGACGUGAAGUUACAGAGUGGUACUCGUAGUGACUGUGUAGUGACUUAGUGACAAGUAGUGCUAGUGACUCGUAGUGACAUGUGGCGGUGAUUCCCUCGACUGAUUAGUGUAAUAUGUGCUGUGUUGUUAUUAGGAAAAUAUAUCAAAAUGUGUGCCAAUCUUAGGAAUUUAAUCGUCGCGUUCUGUGUGGUAGUAUGCGCGGCUGCCUUCCAGCAGCAAUACUUCAGGGUUGUGCCUCGAAGUCUGAGGGUGCAGGAGGGAGCCGAGGCAGUGCUGGAAUGUGCAGUAGCAAAUCUUGCUGGACAAGUGCAGUGGGCUAAAGAUGGAUUUGCACUUGGUUUCUCAUCUGUGAUCCCCGGCUACCCUCGCUACACGAUGUUCGGGGACCGUCGCCAUGGGGUCUACAACCUUCGGAUAGUGAACUCCUCGCUGGAGGACGAUGCGGAGUAUCAGUGCCAGGUGGGACCAGCUCAGAUGCACAAGGUCAUCAGAGCCAACGCCUCGCUCACUGUUAUAUCACCACCAAACGCAGUGGAGAUCACGAAUCACCCAGCUAACUCCAAGCUGGAGGUGAAGGAAGGCGAGGAGGUGUCCCUGGAGUGCCUGGUGAAAAACGCCAAGCCUGCUGCCAGGAUCGUCUGGUUCAGAGGCAAUGUUGAGCUGAAAGGAGAUAAAGUGUCAAAAGAGGAGAUCAGAGAAGUGGAGAGUCCGAACGGGAAUCCGAAGGCGAUGCGGUACACUACUAUAUCCAGAGUACACUUCAAAGCGGCAGCGGAUGAUGACUACGCGGACUUUACUUGCGAAGCACGGCAUGAGGCGUUGCAGAGAGACAGCCCUAUGCGAAGCACUGUGCAGCUCAGCGUGUUAUAUCCACCCGGAGCUCCCUACAUCGAAGGUUAUGCUGAAGGUGAGACAGUCCGUCGAGGGCAGAGCUUGGAGCUGGUCUGCAGAAGUCGAGGUGGAAACCCACCAGCACAACUCAUCUGGUACAAGAAUGGGGAGCAGAUUCGUAUGGCUUAUAGAACCAGCGGCAGGAUGUCAGAAAACGUCCUGUCCUUCAAGGCAGACGCGUCUGACAACAAAGCGAGGUAUACCUGCGAAGCCAAGAACGUCAUGAUCAGCAACACUUUGAAAGCUGAGAUAGACCUGACUGUGCUAUUUGCUCCCUCUCACGUCACCAUCUCUGGUCCAUCAGAAGCCAGGGUCGGGGAUCCAGUGCCCCUGACUUGUAGCACAGCACCAUCGAACCCUGCGGCAGAUGUCAAGUGGCUGGUUCUAGGAAAGCACCACAAGGAAGCAAGCAAUAGAACUGUUAUAUCUCCCGAAGGUGGUUGGAUAACGACAUCAAACAUAACAGUGGUGGUGGAACCCAAUAAGAGGUCUAUAGUAGUGGUCUGCCACGGUAUCAAUGGACAGCUCACGGAAAAUGUCGUCGCUACACACACUAUCAAUGUGCUAUACCCACCAACAGCUCCAAUGAUCACGGGCUACGUACCUGGCACCACCCUCUCGGCUGGUACCGUGCAGAGGCUGUCCUGCAUAUCUUCGGGAGGCAAUCCACUGGCUACACUUACGUGGUUUAAGAAUGAUAAAAAGAUACAUUCAGUAACGAAGACGGUGGAGCGCUCAGUGUCGGCUGAGAUCUCAAUCCUGACGAAUGUGACUGACAACCAGGCUCAGUACCGCUGUGAGGCCACCAACAGUGCCACUGAGAUACCACUGUUUGAAACUGUAACGCUUAAUGUGUAUUUUGCUCCUGAAGCUGUAAAAGUUCGUGUGUCGCCUGAAGAGCUGAAGGUGGGAAUCGAAGCCACAUUAUCCUGUGACGCUGCCAGCAGUAACCCUCCCGCCACACUGUCGUGGUGGCGAGAUGGGAUACCUGUACAGGGUCUACCCAUGCAACAAAAGAAGGGUCUCCACGGUGGCACAGUGUCCACAAUCGAGCUGAAGCUGACCAUCACCAAGGACCUGAACGGAGCAGUCUACACCUGCCAGGCUAUGAACGAGGCUCUGCAGAGGAGCGUCCACGAUGCACUGCCGCUUAAAGUUUUAUAUGCGCCAAUCUUCGACGAGACGACUCCUUACACAACAGUAGGAGUUGAGAACGAGCCUCUGAUCAUAGUACUCCGAGCUGAUGGUAACCCUAGCAGCAUCACAUACACGUGGACUAAGGAUGGACUACCCAUAGCACAGUCUUCUUAUAGUACUGGAAAUGACCGAAUAAUAUCAGAAGGCAGCAUGUUGAACAUGACGAAGCUGUCCCGACAUGACGCUGGAGUCUACACGUGUGAAGCAGUCAACUCGCAGGGAGCUGCCGUCGCCAACAUCAGUGUGUCUGUUCAUUAUCCGGCAAGCAUCAAGUCUGUAACUCUACAAGAAGUAGUCAGCCCCAAUCAGGAUGUCAUGCUGUCUUGUACUGCUAAUGGUAAUCCGUUAACAGCAGACAACAUACGCUGGGAACGCAAAGGUUACAACAUUAACCCUAGCCAGGUUACUUUUGACGCUCGUAACCUUACAAGCACUUUGGUAGUGAAACAAGCGACCAGAGAAGAUGUAGGCAACUUCCAAUGUGUGGUGGAUAAUGGCAUUGGAGGGGAAACCAGGCAGGAUGUUAUGCUAGUGGUGAAGUUUAAACCAGAGCUGGAUAGUUCUCCUAGCUUGAUGAAAUCUGCUUCUAACGUCGGCCAAGUUGGGAGGUUGACUUGCAAAUGCCGAGCAGCUCCAGCACCAAACUUCACGUGGUCCAAGAACGGUGCCAAGCUACCAGUCAACACCUCAACCAAGUAUUUCGCGGAGUUCCACAAACUGGACCCUGUAACCUACACCUCAGUGCUCCUCAUCAAUGACGUCAGCUCCUCAGACUAUGGGUCCUAUGAAUGCGGUGCCAGAAACGAUUUGGGAUUUUCCACCACGUCCGUGAAGCUAGAUAUCACUAGCGCCCCAGAUCAAGUAAUAUCAUUGAUUGUGACGAACGUGACACACAACACUGUUACGCUGCAGUGGGUGCCUGGGUUCGAUGGCGGGCUGCCGUCAUGGUUUAGAGUACGAUAUAGGAGAGUCUUUGAAGAAUCUUAUAAAUAUGAAGAUGUGGUACCGAGAAAUGCAACUACAUUUACUAUUGGAGGUCUUGACCGCAAUACUGAUUACGUGUUCUCUGUAAUGGCAAUCAACAAAAUUGGACAAAGCAAAUACCGACCAGACGAUACUAAAGUCACAACACUGACCUCUUCAGAAGUAGGCGAGCUCAAUGUUGUGUCUACAGAAUUUGUCGAAACUGCUGAUGUGUCAAAAUCUGUAGUCAUUUACGUGUCUAUCACUGGAGUUAUACUAGUCAUGAUCAAUGCUGCUUUAGUUGCUUGUUUUGUAUUGAAAAGACGAUCUAGACGUCUUAAAGAACAAGCGGGUCAGGCUUCAAAAUCAGCAACAAUCGAGAUGUAUGCUCCAUCGUCAUACAAUGAUACGAUGACGGGAGAGACCUUGAGCUCUGUAUCUGAGAAAUCAGAGACAUACUCCCAAGAUGAGGGCACUGAUGAUAGACAGCCUCCGCCGAUACCAGAGGUCCCGUCCAUGCCGACUAGACAUAUGUUGAGUCAGACAACAGACGCCUUCCUAAUGGAUGACCAGGGCCUGGUGAUCCCACCACCACUGGACUAUCCUCCUCCUAACUACGCGGUGUAUGAUGGAGACCACGCCAGGACACUGCCACACCCUCACAGACAUAAGGACAUCACUGGACAUAGUACGCUGGGUAGGAGUACAGGCAAACAGAACUACGUGCCUGCUCCCAGUCCUAUGCCGCCGCUGGACGGCUCAUAUUACAACAUGGCGUCCGACCGAUACUUGUCCUACCCGCCGCUGAUUGGGGAGUAUUUACAGCAGCAACAGGGCCGUACUCCGACCCCCCCGCAGCAGUACGGCGGGCCGCCGCUGCCGAAGCAGCACCUCAUGAACGGCGGCCUGCAGCCCGGACACACACUGGCCGGACACACGCACGGCGGCCUCCCCCACGGCGGCCUCCCGCACGGCUCCCCGCCGCACGCCGCCAGCCCGCCCGCACACAGCUACGCCCUCGACGAUCGACAGUCGGCCGGCGGCACGCUACGGCGGCAGCGCAUGGACAAGAUGGCCGCCGUCCCACCGCCUGACGUCACUGUACUGCAUCCCGGUAAUUGUACACAGCACUUAGUCCAGACUCCAGCACCGAAGCAGCCCCAGUCGAUUUUAAAGGACCCAUCACGCCACAAAUAUGGCAACCAGUACGGUAGCCCCAUAUCCUCGAGCACGCCGCAAAACUCCAAUCAGAUAUUAACAGUACAGAAUUUAACCUCCGACGUCCCUCAGUACGGGACCAUUAAAAAAGAAAACAAGAAACAAAACGUCACCAUCGACGAAUCAUUUAACAAAAGAAGUGAAACCCACGUGGUCUAAAGUGACAAAUUAAAACUAAAAAG